AUGGCUCCCACGGCUCUUGAACGCGAGGAUUUGGCGCGCGAUGCUGCCUUCAAGGAGGCUCUCCACGGAAAGACUGCUAAGGCCCGUGGUGGUCUGACUGCCUUGCGUGGCAAGGACGCUGCUGCCCAGAAGGCUGCCGUCGACGAGUACUUCAAGCACUGGGACAACAAGGGCCAUGUCGAGGAGACAGACGCUGACCGUGAGGCUCGCCGUAAGGAAUAUGCUACCCUGACCCGACACUACUACAACUUGGCCACCGACUUCUACGAGUACGGCUGGGGUUCCUCCUUCCACUUCUGUCGCUUCGCCUACGGCGAGCCCUUCAACCAGGCCAUUGCCCGCCACGAGCACUACCUCGCCAUGCAGACCGGUAUCACCGAAGGCAUGAAGGUAUUGGACGUCGGCUGCGGUGUUGGCGGACCUGCCCGUGAGAUCGUCAAGUUCACCGGUGCCCACGUCACCGGUCUCAACAACAACGACUACCAGAUUGAUCGCGCCACCCACUACGCCGAGAAGCAGGGUCUCUCCGACAAGAUGGCCUUUGUCAAGGGCGACUUCAUGCAGAUGAAGUUCCCCGACAACACCUUCGAUGCCGUCUACGCUAUUGAGGCCACCGUCCACGCCCCCGAGCUGGUCGGUGUCUACUCUGAGAUCUUCCGUGUCCUCAAGCCCGGUGGCACCUUCGGUGUCUACGAGUGGUUGAUGACCGACGACUACGACAACGACAACCCCGAGCACCGCCGUAUCCGUCUCGGUAUCGAGCAGGGUGACGGUAUCUCCAACAUGGUCCGCAUCUCCGAGGGUGUCCAGGCCAUGAAAGACGCUGGCUUCGAGCUGAAGCACCACGAGGAUCUCGCUGCCCGCCCCGACGCUACCCCCUGGUACUACCCGCUGGCCGGUUCCUUCAAGCACAUGGGUUCCAUGUGGGACUUUUUCACCAUUGCCCGCAUGACCUGGUGGGGCCGUGGUCUCGCCCACCGUUUCAAGACCGCUGACUCGCUCGCUCUGGCUGGUGACUGCCUGGUCGAGGGUGCGCAGAAGAACCUGUUCACCCCCAUGUACCUGAUGGUCGGCAAGAAGCCCGAGUAA